UUUUACUGCCAAUCUUUUUUCCCUUUUUUAUCCUUCUUAUCUCUAAGCUUGAUGGGAAGCAAUUUUAUGGUAUUAAAGGAAAUAGAAGCAAGGGAUAACGAAGAAAGCAGCUUAAUAUCAGACAGUCAACAUUCAACCUAUGGAUCAACUCAAGGCCAGAGAUCGCGAUUGUCAGCUCCCUCUCUAAAUCAGCUACCCGACGAUCCCUACUCUGAUCAUGGUGGCAGCAGUGAAGAAUUUUCUUCUGCAAAAUUAGCAAAACGAAAAAAGAAACGUCUUCAGAAGCACCAUAAAAAUAGACCAAAGCUCGUUAGUAAGCUAUCUCAUAUUGUCAGGAGCGCUGCUCAAUCUGAAGAAGAAGAUAACACAGAUGAUGUGAUACAGAUAUCGCCAGAUGACCUUAUUUUACCUGAACUGGACCAAAAUGCUGCAGAAGUAAGAGAGUACGUUUCGUCUCCGAUUAAACCUUCAGAUCGCCGUAUUUCUAGGAAACACAAAGUAAACUUGAGCACAAUUCGUGAAAAGUAUAGAGAAGCAAGACUUCAUGAAAGAAAUGGUACUUUGCCUCACACAAAGUUACAAAGUAUAAAGAGAUACCUACACUAUGACACUCGUAUUGCAAAUGCAAAGGAGAUACUCUUUGGAAACACUAGUAUUAUUCUCUUUGUCUACACAGAUUUACUUGUUGAUGUAUUACUAUGUCUUGCAUACCUAGUAGAGAUGAAAGAGGAAGCUAGUAUUACUGCUGAACCUUAUUGGCUUUUUAAAUGGAGAUCCUACGAUUUAUGGUCUCUUUGUAUAAUUUUAAGCUUAUGGAACUUUGCUUCGUUUGUCAUGCGCAUGAUCUUGACAGGAAGGCCAUUGAGUGUUUUGUUCAGUUUCAGGUCCUUUAUCGAAGCUCUAACUACAUUUCCAUUUCUCAUGUCUGUUUUCAUCAAACAUGGUCAAUUUCUCUAUGUUCCUUAUUUCCUUAGAAGCUGGGUUCUUUUAUUAAGAAUCAAAAGUGUCAUAAAGAUAAAAACCAACCUUCUUAUGACAGGAAAACCUGUUGAUCCACUCAAUUCCAAAUUGGUACAUCUAGCAGGCACCAUCAUGGUAUUACUCUAUAACGGUCUAUCAGCUUUUCAAUACUGUGAAGUAACAUUUGGAAGUAAUAACUAUUCAAUAUUGGACUCUCUUUAUGUUGUUAUGGUAACUCUAUCCACUGUUGGCUACGGAGACAUAACACCGCAAACUGAGGGUAGCAGAGUGGUUAUGAUGUUACUGAUCGUAAUAUCAUUGGCAGUGUUACCCAGCUUGAUUGCUGAUGCUUUAAAUACUCUGCGUAAAAGAAAUGACUGGGGAGGAUAUGUCUCUGAGUCAUCAAAGCCUUUUAUAUUGCUUGUUGGUUCAUUUCGACCAGAACAAGUUACAGAGAUAUUGGACGGAUUUUUGAAUACGGAAAAUACAGAACCACAUUUGAAUGUUGUAUUUUUGGAUAUAAACCGUCCUAAUGAAGAAUUAAAGUACCUUGAAAGAAAUUCAAUGUGGGGACACCGUAUUCAAUUCAUACAUGGUUCAGUUUUGGAUGAGCAAACAUUAAAAAGAGUGCAAGCAAGAUCAGCGUCUGCUAUCUUUACACUUUCAGACCAGCAUGCUCCAGAUCCUCAAAAGGAGGAUGAACGCAAUACGGUUAGACUGUGGUCACUCUACUGUCAUACAGUAGUUCAUAAUGUGGACAUUUAUACCUAUAACCUUUCGCCAUCCACAGCCAUUUACCAAAAAAUGGCUAAAGAAAUCAUUUGUGUUAGAGAAUUUAAGCAGUAUCUACUAGCUAUGAAUUGCCGCUGCCGUGGUGCGUCGACUUUACUUACUAAUUUACUACAUCAGAGACGUCCAAUGGAUCAUUACGAUGAAUCUUGGCAGGCACAAUAUGAUGAUGGGUCAUGUAAUGAAAUCUAUAUGGAUCGACCUCCUUUAGCACUGGUUGGUCUCUCAUUCAAGGAAGCAGCAUGGGUGGUGUAUACUGAAUGCCAAGUCAUCUUGUUUGGUAUAAAGACAUACCUAGACAGCCCAGAUCAUCGAGAGAUGCUCUUAAAUCCUGAAAAUAACUAUAUCAUUAAAUCAGACGAUCUGUGUGUUUACAUGUGUGAAAGUCCCAGAGAGGUCGAAGAUAUAAACGCACUGCAUAUAAACUAUGUAAGAGAAAAGAUUGCCAAAAUGACAACAACGAGAAGAACAGACAGCAACAAACGAAACCCCUCUUCUGAAACUGUUAUGCAUAUUCCCUCCUCUGGUGCGUCCAUCAAAAAUGAGCCCAAAGCUAGUUUACCUCCAGCGAGUGAAUCUGCUCCAACCACACCUGGCACGGUCAAUGAAGAAGCUACCAUGACCAUGUCGCAUAUUUCACGUCCAGGCUCGCCUACAAUGCAGGGAAAUUCUCGGACCCUUCAUCAUGUACCUUCUAUCGAGUCAAACCGGACAAUAAGCCCUAUACGACAAAGCUUCCAACUGUCGAAGCUACCAACACCUCGUAUGGCUCUCUUGACAGGAAGCAGAAGACUUGUAAGUCGCUUAGGACAGCUACCUACUCUGGAACAUCCUGAUACAGACAUUGAAGCUUCGCCUGUGUGUUACUUGCUUGAUAAACCAGCUACUUUACGUGAACUGACUAUUGAAUCGGCUGAGCAUUUGGCUGGCCAUAUUGUAGUUUGUAUGCAUCACAAGGUAUCCAACAUAUUCAAGUUUAUCUUCAACCUAAGGUCACCACAAUUGAAGCCAAAUGAACUUCAGGAUAUUGUCUUUUUGUGCACUUCUUUGCCUACACCAAAAACAUUUGAAUCUCUCUGUCGGUUUCCUAAGGUCUUUUUCAUGGUGGGUGACUGCCAACAUCCCGAAGAUUUGAUCAAAGCCGGUGUUAAACGAGCAAAGCAAGUUGUUGUAAUGAGUGAAAGAGAAUGCUUGGAUCAACAUCAAAGAACUUCAGAUAGUCCAGCAAUUAUGACGAGCCAUCUUCUUGAUCUCUUACUGCAAGAUCGACCCUAUGAUUCUUCACGCAUUGUAAACCUUGUUGAAAAAUCCAAUAUUCGGUUCAUGCACUUGCUACAAGGGAAAGACGUUGCUGAGGAAAUCGAUGUGUUUUACACACCAGCAUAUGCUGCUGGAAAUGUCGUGGUUGAUAGUUUAUUAAGUAACGUAUUGCUCAGUCAAACGUACUAUAAGCCAGAUAUUGUGUCUGUCAUUAAAGCUCUAUGUGGUAUGCCUGGACCGCUUUAUGACAAAGACACUGCUCAUAUGCUCAUGUGUGGAACAAAAUUUCAUUCUCAUCUUUUCAAAAGCUCUAGACACCUUAUGCUCGUCGUCCUGCCACCUUUAUUCAUUGGUAAACCGUUUUCGGCGUUGUUUGAAAGUCUGAUAUUAGAUCAUGAAGUAGUAGCACUUGGUCUCUUGCGUGCACCUGAUGAAAAUAUGGGAAAUGAGCUUUCAUUUGUUUAUACGAACCCUGUUCCUUCAUUGAUCUUGAAAAGAACAGACAAAAUUUACGUACUGGCAUCACCUGGUUGGUCUUAUUUUUCUUAAUAAACUUGUAUUACGUAAGUACACUUGUCGGCUCCAUCAACAAAGACCACUUGGCUUACCUGUAAUUAUAAUAAAUUCGCAUUUCUCGAAAUACACUCUUUCCGGAAAGUAAAU